AACUCUCGACUCACAUGUAGAGCAGUAAGUCAUCCUCGUGCACCAAUCGUUGAAGCUGUGGUUCAAAUUGAUAUGAACUUUUCGCCCUUAAACAUCCGUUUGUUAGGGGCCCAUCAGCCUCUCUCUGCUGGACGAAGAUAUGAUCUUUUAUGUCAAAGUGCUGGAUCGAGACCGCCUGCAGUUAUUACAUGGUGGCAAAAUGGAAUACGACUUGAAAAAACAACAGAAACUACGUCAAGUGAUGGUAACCAGACAACAAGUACUCUUUCCAUCAGCCUAAGUAAAGCCGAUGCGGGGAAGUUUUUAUCGUGCAAAGCUUACAAUCAUGCUGUCCCAUCAGAGCCUCUUGAAGAUGGAUGGAAGCUUGACAUUCAAUAUGUUCCAGAAGCAUAUGUUCGAUUGGGAACAUCUUUAGACGCAAACACUCUACGUGAGGGUACAGACGUUUACUUUGAUUGUCUAGUGAUAGCUCAUCCACAUGUAUUUCGAAUUGAAUGGCGUCACAAUGAACAACCAUUAUUUCAUAACAUUUCUCAAGGGAUAAUAAUAAGUAACCACUCUUUGGUUCUGCAAGGUGUAACAAGAUCCACCGCCGGUAACUAUUCAUGCGUUGGAUUUAAUGCAGAAGGAGAAGGAAUAAGUGCCCCGUUUGCGUUGAAUAUUUUGUAUUCUCCUACGUGCUUGCAGAACCAGAAGAAAAUCUAUGGAAUAGCAAAACACGAAGAUGCAAAAAUUACUUGUGUGGUCGAUGCAAACCCACAUGAAGUCGAAUUUAGUUGGACAUUUAAUAAUUCAGCGGAAAGUAUUGACGUUGCUAAAAAUCACAUUAUUCAAUCUGGCACAUCAUCCGUUGUAACAUAUACUCCAAUAACUGAACUGGACUAUGGUACACUUUUAUGUGUUGCAACGAACAAAAUCGGAAAGCAGCGAGUACCCUGCGUGUUUCACAUUAUUGCUGCAGGUCGACCUGAAAAAGUACACAAUUGUACUUUAAUCAAUAUAUCUGUGUCAUCAUUAACGGUCUCCUGUAGUGAUGGUUUCAAUGGCGGCUUACCACAAAACUUUCUUAUGGAGCUUACGGACAGUAAUACACAUGAAAUUAAAGCAAAUAUUACGUCCACGAAUCCAAGAUUCACGGUUUCAGGUCUUGCUCCAGGUACCCUGUAUAAACUAUAUAUUUUUUCGUUUAAUACAAAAGGUCGAUCAGAUCCUGAAAUACUUAAUGCGGCUAUGCUCCGAAUGCCUGAAAAGCAGCUUACAUCAGAACAGACGAAUAAUCUUCGUGCGGAGCUUUUAUUCUCGCCAGUUAUAUCGCUAACAAUUGGAUUAACCUUAGCUGUACUGGUCGCCGUACUAGCAAUUAUACUCGCUCUGCGGAUACCAUGCACAGCUUCAUCUAGAAGGCGUCAAAAAGAAUUGUCCCAUGAGAAUAUAUCAAGAGAUGAAUCACCAGGACCAAGUGAUAAAAGUUCUGCAAGUAAGGAUCUAGACGAUUAUGAUGAAAAAAAUCCCGAUGUUGUGCCCGAAACUAUUGAUUCAGAUGAUCAGACGGACAGCACAAGGAACAGACAACAGAUAUCAACAAUCCAUACCGACCACAGUCCUAGCAGAGUAAUAUCUGUAAAUGAGCCGCAACACAUAACAGCUGCUGAAAUGACAUUACGUACUUCUCACGGAAUGGGUUAUUGUACUUUGCGCAGUGGAGUUCAUAGUCCUGUACAAGCUUUGGCUGGAGAAAUCUCAAUUAAUGUUACUCCACACGUCUAUUCAAGCUCAAUUUCCCAAUGUACACUUCCUCGCCAGUCGUUGCACAAUGCUUGGCCAAAUCAAGAGUGCAUAGCCAUAACCAUUCACAAUCCUUAAUUGGACAUUCAACUGGAUCAUCUUUAGCUUCGAACAGCUCUAUUCCCUCGCCUUCAAAUGUCUUACCUCAACCACAAGGAAGAACAAUACCCUUACAUCAUA